AUGGACGGAAAUCGAAGAUACGCCAAAAGAAAACUAUUAGAAGAAGGCGCUGGGCACGAUGCGGGCGCUAUGGCGCUGUUGAAUUUGAUCAUUUAUUGCUAUGAACUCGGAGUGAAAUACAUUACCGCUUAUGCUUUUUCCAUCGAUAAUUUUCGAAGAAAGCCAAGUGAAGUGCAAAAAAUAAUGGAUUUGUUGAAGGAAUGUAUGACGGUGUUGGCCAAGAUUGCGAAGCAUCAUCCGAUCAAAGUUAAUUUCGCUGGAAACCUCGAGCUUUUGAAUGCAGAACUUAGGGAUGAAGCUUGUAAACUCAUGGGAGCAACCGCCGAGUAUUCCAAAUUCGUUGUCACGAUUUGUGUAUGCUAUUGUUGCACUGACGAUAUCGUUCAUUCCGUCGAAGAAUCUUGCCGAGAAAAAUGCUAUUAUCAUAGUUAUAUCGGAGAUAGUCAUGAUGACGAUAAAGACGAUGAUGACAAAGAUGAUGAGAGGCAUAUGAUAAAUUUGGUAGACAUUGAAAAAAAUAUGUAUAUGGCGGUUACACCAGAUCCCGACAUUUUGAUACGCACCGGCGACAAGCAUCGACUAAGCAAUUUCCUUCAAUGGCAAACUUGUCAUUCCCUUUUGGCAUCAUUGUCUACAGAUUGGCCGGAGAUUGGUGUAUGGCAUUUGGUGAAAGUGGUUAUAGAUUUUCAGCAAAACUACGAUUAUUUUGUUAGAAAAAGGUUGCAACAAUUAUAA